UCUCUGAAAUUUCAUGGAUGACAUUCAAAUCCUCUAUUCUGAAAAAUUCACCUUUUCUUCUUUGAUAAAAAACUCAACAAAAAUCAAAUAUUUUCUCCAACCCCAUUGCCAUUUCACGAACUGUGAUCACCACACCCCUCAGCUUCAUACAAACUGUUAAACUCGGCAAUCUGAUCAAAUUGGUUUGCCUCAUGGAUCAUAGAGUUCACUUUUUUCUGGUGCAUAACUAUCUCUUCUCAGUUUCUAUCUUCACAUUUUGACUUUAUUCUUAUAUUGAAAUGAUUGUUCACUUGUAUCUUAUGGACUAAAUAAUGGGCUGCAAAAUAUUGCUAAGCUUUGAUUAGCAAUUUAGCAUGCUGGUUGGUUAUAUAACAUGGUGUGAAUGAAAGGAUGACAAGGACAACUGUCCUUAGCCAAACCCAUCUUUUGUCACUACCAAGUACUCCACCCCAGUGCUCUGAGUUGAGUACCAGGUUCAAUGAGCAGGGAUGGUAUCCUUUGUUGAAGAGAUGCAAGAGCAUGGAAGAGUUUAAGCAAGUUCAUGCCCAUGUUCUGAAAUUGGGCUUUUUUUGUGAUUCUUUUUGUGGGAGCAAUCUUGUUGCCACUUGUGCUCUAGCAAAAUGGGGCAGCAUGGAGUAUGCUUGUUCAAUCUUCAGGCAGAUUGAGGAACCUGGUAGUUUUGAGUACAACACCAUGAUUAGAGGGAAUGUGAAUAACAUGAAUCUAGAAGAAGUUUUACUGCUUUAUGUUGAGAUGCUUGAAAGAGGAAUUGAACCAAACAAUUUUACAUACCCUUUUCUUCUCAAGGCAUGUUCUCUGUUAGGUGGUGUCAAGGAAGGAAUUCAAAUUCAUGGGCAUGUUUUUAAGGCAGGUGUUGGAGAUGAUAUCUUUGUCCAAAAUGGUUUGAUCAGCAUGUAUGGCAAGUGUGGGGCAAUCAAGCAUGCCUGUGAUGUGUUUGAGAAAAUGGAUGAAAAGAGUGUAGCUUCAUGGAGUGCUAUUAUAGGUGCUCAUGCUUGUGCUGAAAUGUGGCAUCAGUGCUUGAUGCUUCUUGGGGACAUGAGCAGGGAAGGACACUGGAGGGCUGAAGAAAGCACACUAGUCAGUGUGCUCUCUGCUUGCAUUCAUUUGGGGUCUCCUAAUUUAGGAAGGUGCAUACAUGGGAUCUUGUUGAGGAACAUUAGUGAACUCAAUGUUGUUGUGAAAACUUCCUUAAUUGACAUGUAUGUCAAAAGUGGAUGCAUUGAGAAAGGUGUCUGUGUUUUCCAAAACAUGGCUGAGAAGAAUAGAUACUCUUACACUGUAAUGAUCUCAGGGCUUGCCAUUCAUGGUCACGGCACCGAAGCUCUUCAAGUUUUCUCAGAAAUGCUGGAAGAAGGUUUGGCACCGGAUGAUGUGGUCUAUGUAGGUGUGUUAAGUGCUUGCAGUCAUGCUGGUCUUGUCAAUGAGGGCCUGCAAUGUUUCAAAAACAUGCAAUUUGAGCACAAGAUCAAACCAACAGUUCAGCACUAUGGUUGCAUGGUGGAUCUUUUGGGAAGAGCUGGGAUGCUCAGGGAAGCCUAUGGCCUCAUAAAGAGCAUGCCAAUUAAGCCUAAUGAUGUGGUUUGGAGGAGCCUUCUUAGUGCUUGUAAGGUUCAUCUGAACUUGGAAAUAGGGGAAAUUGCAGCUGAAAAACUUUUCAUGCUUAAUCCAAACAACCCUGGUGACUAUUUGGUGCUAGCAAAUAUGUAUGCAAGAGCUCAUAAGUGGAAUGAUGUGGCCAGAAUCAGAAGAGAAAUGGCUGAUAAACACUUGGUACAAACACCCGGGUUUAGCAUGGUUGAAGCAGAGAGGAAGGUCUACAAGUUUGUAUCGCAAGACAGGUCUCAACCCGAAUUUGACACCAUCUACAAUAUGAUUCACCAAAUGGAAUGGCAGUUGAAAUUUGAAGGCUAUAAACCAGAUACAUCACAGGUGCUGCUAGAUGUAGAUGAAGAAGAAAAGAGGGAGAGGCUGAAACAUCAUAGUCAGAAGCUAGCAAUUGCUUUUACACUGAUACAUACAUCUGAGGGAUCUCCUAUAAGAAUAUCAAGAAAUCUUAGGAUGUGUAGUGAUUGUCAUACAUACACUAAAUUCAUUUCCAAGAUCUGUGAACGAGAGAUUACUGUAAGAGACCGUUUUCGGUUCCACCAUUUUAAAGAUGGAGCUUGCUCAUGUAAAGAUUAUUGGUGAAUUUCAUUC